AAUUGUCACAGGAUAACAUCGGCUAACAAAUACCUUUUUCCUUUUAACUUUAUCAGGCAAAAGACAUUAUGUACUAUUUUUUUUAGCAAUAGGAAGUAUGCCAAAAGAGAUUAGAAUACUGAAGUACUUGCUCACAAUUGAAGAUCCAGAGCAACGCAUCUCUGCUUUGAAAGAUGCUUUCACGCCUGGGGAGGAGCUUGAAGGAAAGGACGUUGAUUUGCUAUAUACAUCAGAUCAGAUCAGAAUCAUUCAGAUCAGAUCAGAUCAGAUCAGAAUCAUUCAGAUCAGAUCAGAGAGAUUCAGAUCAGAUCAGACCAGAUCAAAUCAGAAGCAUUCAGAUCAGAAGCAUUCAGAUCAGAUCAGAUCAAAAAGUUUCAAACAUGAUUUAACACUUUUAUUAUUAUAAAAUAAUAAUAAUAAUAACAAUAAUUUUUAUUAUGAUUAUUAAUAUUAUGAUUAUUAUUGAGGUGAUGAAUAUUAUUAUUAUUAUUAUUAUUUUUAUUAUCGGCGUCGUCGUCAUCAUCGUCGUCAUCAUCAUAAUGGUAGUCAAUUUAAGUAGUCGAUCAUAAAAGAUGACAUUUGCAGUGUUUUAGAAACUUGGUGAUUUAU